AUGGCGUCACCAAAUACAAAUGAUUCGUUCUUACAAUGGGAUCCAGCCCAAGUUUGUAACUAUAUUAAUUCCCUUAACUUAGGAGAUCGACCAAAUCUUGGAGAUUGUUUCCUUGAUAAUAAUAUAGAGGGCUCGUUGCUUCCAUUCAUAACAACCGAGCAUCUCAAAGAAAUAGGUAUUACAAAGCUAAGUACAAGGUUGCAGAUAAAGAAAGCUACAUCAGAGCUAAUUGCCAAUCAUUGCCACAAACAUCCUCCAUCAUCGCUUGAUGAUCCAGAAUAUCGAUUUAAUAACCUCAAUAUUAACAAUAAUUGUAUUGGGCUCGAGUCGUUGACCUUAGCGACCGUGUUGAUGAAAGAUAUGUUGAUCAAGUUGAAUGAAACAUAUCGGGAGAAUAGAUCGUCGAUGCCAUCACCAGUGUCGCCGGGUACACAACUUGAUAUGAAGAGAUUGAACGAGAACUUUAAUAAAUUGAAAACUGAUAUGAUUCCAAUAAUCCGUCUUGUAAAAGAAUCGAAGCCACUUCCUACACCUACCUUAGAUCCUGGAUCAGCACCCAUAGAAUCUCCAAGUGCGUCAUCGUUUACUGAACAACUGGGUCCUUCAGUAAGUCAACAAUCACAGCAACCAGCAUUAGUACGGAGUGAUAGUGUGAACACUACAGUAACAAAGAGAAAUUCAGGUCUGACAAGCCCCAACCAUCCCAAUUUCAAUAGGUUUUCUUCAGGCUCCUUGUUGUCGAUGGGAACCGGAAAAGUGGUACAGCAUUCUGUGGCUAAACCUGUUAUGCAAGAUCGUAGUCAGCCCGAUUUCACCUUGCUGAGAGCCAAUUCGUCAUUCAGUAACAGAAACAAGCCAAAAAUAGUUGAAAGCAGGUCCACGAGUUCUGUUAAUACAGCAACCACUGCAAAGCCACCACCUUUAAAGCAGCAUUCAUCGUCGCUGGGGUCAGUAAAUACCACUUCAACAGCUAAUGCAUCGGUCUCAGCCAGUAAUGAGCCCUUAAAACAAUUGCGGGCAUCAUCAGAAGACUCGUGUUUAAAAAUUUUACAACAAGCAAUGAAGCGUCACCAUAUUCCGCGUGACGACUGGCUGAAGUAUGUGCUAGUUAUCUGUUAUGGUGACAAAGAAAGAAUACUCAAAUUGGCAGAAAAGCCGGUUAUCAUAUUCAAAGAACUCCAAGAACUAGGAAAACACCCGGCAAUCAUGCUUAGACAGCUAGCGGCGACUGCUGCGGACGACAACGACAGCGAAUUGUACGAAGAUUCCCGUAUCGGUGACGAUGUCCCUGGUGGCACGUUGUGA